CCGCCGGAAACGGAAAGUCCUCUUCUAGUGAUCCAACAUGGCGGACCAGGGCGAAAAGAAGGAAAACCCCAUGAGGGAGCUCCGCAUCCGCAAGCUCUGCCUGAACAUCUGUGUGGGUGAGAGCGGAGACAGACUGACCAGAGCCGCCAAAGUGCUGGAACAACUCACAGGCCAGACCCCAGUCUUCUCCAAGGCCCGCUACACUGUGCGAUCCUUCGGUAUCCGCAGGAAUGAAAAGAUUGCUGUCCACUGUACUGUCCGUGGAGCCAAAGCAGAGGAGAUCCUGGAGAAGGGUCUCAAGGUGCGCGAGUACGAGUUGAGGAAAAACAACUUCUCUGAUACUGGGAACUUUGGCUUUGGCAUCCAGGAGCACAUUGAUCUGGGAAUCAAGUACGACCCCAGCAUCGGCAUCUACGGACUGGACUUCUACGUGGUUCUGGGCAGGCCCGGCUUCAGCAUUGCUGACAAGAAAAGGAAAAGGGGCCGCAUCGGCUUCAAGCACCGCAUCCGUAAAGAGGAGGCCAUGCGCUGGUUCCAGCAGAAGUAUGAUGGCAUCAUCCUCCCCGGCAAGUAAAGGACCACCUUGUCUUGUUUGUAACAAAGUAAUAAAAAAAAUCAAAAACA